GGUCGAAGCCAGAUCCCCGUAGUCCUCAGAGACGUCAGGCUGCAGCACUCGCUCCGCUCCGCUCCGCGUCCUCAGCCCGCGCUCGCGCCUCCCGUUGGAGCACCGCAACCCCCUCCGCCCCCCAAGCAGGCGAAAAGUCGCUGGGGGUCCAGCCGGGACUGUCUAGCCCUCCUCCUCCUCUCACCUCCGCUCACCUCUCCGCCCUCCCGUCUCCUCUCGAGUAAGGGGCGGCGGAUGAAGUGAGACGAUGGUCAUCCGAGUGUUCAUCGCCUCCUCCUCCGGCUUUGUGGCGAUAAAGAAGAAACAGCAAGAUGUAGUUCGUUUUCUGGAAGCCAACAAGAUAGAAUUUGAGGAGGUAGACAUCACAAUGUCAGAGGAGCAAAGACAGUGGAUGUACAAGAACAUUCCUCCAGAAAAAAAACCAGCUCAGGGCAAUCCAACUCCACCACAGAUAUUCAAUGGAGAUCGAUACUGUGGUGAUUAUGACAGCUUUUUCGAAUCAAAGGAAAGCAACACAGUCUUUUCAUUCUUAGGCCUGAAAGCAAGAUUGCCAUCAAAGGCAGAGCCCUAAGAGUGGAAAGAAAACUUAAGAGGGCAGAAGCACAUUUGGAAGAGCAAGUGUGGUGCUCAGCAAACAGCUGCUUACCUAAUGGAUCACUGUGAUAAAGGCCACGUGCAUCAUCAGCACUUUGCUUGCCACUGAAGAAGUGCUUUCCAAAGAUGUGGGACCACUGGGCAUUACAAAAAUCUAUAAAUCAAAUUGGCCAUAU